CCAAUAGGAUUGUGCAAAGCGUCCUAAGUGGAUGUCACAUCCGGUCUGAACAGCCGGCAGGAUUGAAGGAAAAAUCUGGAGUAUUCCAAUAGUUGUGUUGUUUAACUUUAAACACGCUUGAAUUGAGUUUAUUCGUGCAGACACAAUGACUUUCGAUGUACGGAGGUUCGAUAUCUACAGGAAAGUGCCCAAAGAUCUUACCCAGCCCACGUAUACUGGAGCUUUCAUUUCCGUAUGCUGCUGCUUCUUCAUGUUGUUCCUCUUUCUCUCAGAGCUGACGGGAUUCAUCGCUACAGAAAUAGUAAAUGAAUUGUAUGUGGAUGACCCCGAUAAGGACAGUGGGGGGAAGAUAGAUGUGAGUGUAAACAUCAGUUUGCCAAACUUACACUGUGAUUUGGUGGGUUUGGACAUCCAGGAUGAGAUGGGGCGGCAUGAAGUGGGCCACAUAGAGAAUUCAAUGAAAGUGCCUCUAAACAACGGUCACGGGUGCCGCUUUGAAGGGGAGUUCAGUAUUAAUAAAGUUCCAGGAAACUUUCAUGUGUCAACACACAGUGCGACUGCUCAGCCUCAGAGCCCUGAUAUGACCCACAUCAUCCACAAACUCGCCUUCGGGGAGAAGCUUCAGGUGCAGCAUGUCCAGGGGGCUUUUAAUGCAUUAGGUGGAGCCAACAGACUUCAGUCCAAUGCUUUAGCUUCUCACGAUUACAUUCUCAAGAUCGUCCCUACAGUUUACGAGGACCUGGGAGGGAAGCAGAGAUUUUCCUACCAGUACACUGUGGCAAACAAGGAGUAUGUGGCGUAUAGCCAUACUGGACGCAUCAUCCCGGCGAUAUGGUUUCGCUAUGACCUGAGUCCAAUCACAGUGAAAUACACAGAGAGGAGACAGCCCUUCUACCGCUUCAUCACUACUAUUUGCGCUAUCAUCGGCGGGACAUUCACAGUGGCCGGCAUCAUUGACUCCUGCAUAUUCACAGCCUCUGAAGCCUGGAAGAAAAUCCAGAUUGGGAAAAUGUCAUGAGUAUUCAUAUCUAUGCAUCAUGCCUUUUAUUUAUGCCAGCCAAACCUCUGCUCACUUGUCACUACAACCUGACCCACACUAGCCACAAGUGGAAAACAUUGUCACUCCAGUUCAUUUCUCUGUGUGCUCAUUUGGAUAGACUGGUUUUAAACUCUAAACAUUUCAUACAAUGUAUUACAGGGAUUUCAUUUGGAGGAUGUAGGUGGUUUCCUUACUUCACUGCCAUAUUAAUUCAGCCAAAAUUUUAAUAGUUAAACUAAUGUGGAAAGAACCUGUCUCACUCAUUGGAAGGAAGCCAGGGUUUCCUCAUUCAGAUAGACGUACUGAGAUAAGUGUAAGUCUAUAGUGUUACACCCCAGACAUAGUGUCUCUUUGAUUGGUUUAAAUAGAAUUCCACAAGAAAUAAUAACUGAAUUCAAUGUGUACUUAUGAGCUGAACUGUUUAUAAGUCCUGCUUGGGUUUAUCUCAUGAAACCUGUCAAAGAGCAUGUCUUAUUGGAGUUUUGGGGUC